AUGGCGAGAUUCUGGGCCUGCGCGGCCGGCGCCGGCUGCUUUCUGACUUUUCUCGUUUUGCAUUCAAAUUAUUGUGGUUCCCCGAUUCUAAGAAACAUUGUUCUUCAAAUUUCAUGGACAACUUGCAAUCCUCUUUACCGACUGGAUGUGAGUUGGCCUAAGUUUCCGGAAUACUUCACUGGAACUACGUUUUGUGUUGGAGUUGAUUCCCUUCACGGAUUGGUAUAUGUAGCACAAAGAGGGGAUAACCUCCCAAAGGUUUUAGUAUUCACAGAGGACGGAUAUUUCCUACGAGCCUGGAAUUAUACAGUUGACACACCUCAUGGUAUAUUUGCAGCCAGUACAUCACAUGAACAAUCUAUCUGGAUCACGGAUGUAGGAAGUGGGCCCUAUGGUCAUACUAUUAAAAAAUAUAAUUCCUUUGGUGAUCUUGUUCAAGUCUUGGGGACCCCAGGCAAAAAAGGCUCUGAUUUGAGUCCCCUGCAGUUUGAUAAUCCUGCAGAAUUAUAUGUUGAAGACACAGGAGAGAUUUACAUUGUGGAUGGAGAUGGAGGAUUGAAUAACAGAUUGUUCAAACUGUCCCCAGACUUCAUGAUGCUGUGGCUGCAUGGAGAAAAUGGUACGAGGCCGACUCAGUUCAACAUACCUCACAGCGUUACCGUUGAUGCGACUGGCCGGGUCUGGGUUGCUGACCGAGGAAACAAAAGGAUCCAGGUGUUUGAUAAAGACACUGGGGAAUGGCUAGGAGCCUGGGAUAAUUGUUUUUCAGAAGAAGGACCAUCUUCAGUCAGGCUGACUCCGGACGGCAGGUACCUGAUUGUGGCUCAGCUGCACCUGAGCCGGCUCUUGGUGGUGGAGGCGCCGCCGGUCGGCAGCGUCGGCAGCUGCUCGGUGGUCGGCACGAUCCAGCUUGCAGACCAGGUCCUGCCUCACCUCCUAGACGUGGAUAAGAAGACGGGCGCGAUCUAUGUCGCGGAAAUCGGAGCCAAACAGGUCCAAAAAUAUGUCCCCUUGAGAGGCUACUUCUCUUCACUUGGUUCAUAA